AUGGGCGAUAUGACGUACGAGCGGAGCGUGAAACUCGCAUCGUUAUCGGACGAUGCACUGGACGACUGGGACUCUAAUGUUCAAUUGAUCAAGCUUUUCGUAGAAGACUACAAGACCACUGUCAAUCAAAAGAACAUUUUCGGGGCAUCAUUGAUACAAUUCAUCGUAUUACGUCGUGACGAGAGAGUUGCUUUGAGGUGGGCGAUACGUCAAUUGGACUCUAUUACAAUCGCUCUGCUCUUGAUAAAACCCGAGAUGCACAACAGCCCUGUCAACGAACUACGGGAGACGGCAGCCGUUAUUGCAUUGAGACACAAGGGCAAAGAACACUUUAUGCAAGAAAGUCUUCGGGAGAGUAAAGUUGAUAACGAGACAUGGCUUAAGCGGAUGUGCAAUGAUCAUAGAUGGCUAUCUGAGCCAUGGAACAAUAAGAUCAGAAAUUUGGCUGUGAGGCGGCUAAAAAUGGCAGGACAGGUGUCAAAUUUGAGCAAAGAAUCUUCAAGACUUUAA